UUUGCGGCGUGGCUCCGCCGCGCACCGCCAUCAUAGGAGGAUUACACAGCUACUGGGCAGAGUUGUGUUGGAGUCUUUCUCUGCGGCUGGCAAGUCUGUCGGACUUCUGUUAUGGUCGGGAAAAGUUGUUGUGUGAUAGGCUGCAACAGCCACUCGCACGACCAACGUAGUAAAAAGAAAAUAGACAAUGGAAUAAGCUUUUACUCGUUUCCUGCCUGGAGGCGGAACGAGGGAAGUCAGAUGGCGGCCAUAACGAGAAGACGCCGCAGGGCCUGGGUGUCCGCUGUCAGACGCUCCAGCAUCACCUUCAGCAACAUUUCUGCCUCCAUGAAAGUGUGCUCUCUGCAUUUCCACUCCGGUAAACCAGCAUAUGAAAUGCUGGAGACACAUCCCGACUGGGCACCAUCUCUGCGGCUGGGCCACGAAGCAACAGAGACGGAACAUUUUGCCAGACGCUCAAAAAGAGAAGGCUCUCCAAACAUGACAGCACCAGGAGAGGAUGAGAGCACAUGUCCCACUACUCAUCGCAGACGCAGUAAAAAAAUGAGAAGAGAUCCUGGCACCCUUUUGAAGAUGAGGACAAGCCAUUGUUAAAGCGCUGGCAUCACACAGGAGCAGCCUGAUCACAAAGGACACAAAAGCGUGUUCUGGUCAGUUUUCAAGAAAUGCACUUUUGAAGACCCUGGCUGGUUUGUGGAAGUUAAAUCAAGGUGCCGUGCCAAGUUGGUUUGCCCGGACAGUCCCUGAGUCUGGCAGGACGGUGCUCGUUAGAUAUAACAGUCCUGAAACCAUAGCUGCAGAAGAAGCAGUGGAAGGUGAUGCAAAUUCAGAUAAUCUAAGCUUACAAGAGAUGCCACCUCCACACCCUGAUCAUGAUUACACUCAAGUCUCUCUGUCAGUGGAAGAACAACUUGAAGAAGCCAUCAGCACCAUCGGGGAUCAGUCGAAAUUAAUUGCAAGGCUUCAAGAGGAGUUCUCUCUUGUACAAUUCCACGAGAAUGAUAACAUAAUGUUUUUUACAGGUUUUCAAGAUUACAACACACUUAGAGCUGUAUUUAGGGCCUUACAGCCCACUGCAGAGAACAUGGCCAGAUGGAGUGAGACACAGCAAGCUCCUGAAGAUAUCCUGCUACAGGGAUUUCUUGUUCCAAAGUUGACUCUCUUUGAUCAGUUCUUGCUUUUUCUCUGUCGCCUGAGGCAAGGGUUUCCUGAGCAGGACCUUGCCAUCUGCUUCAAUGUGUCACUGUCAGCAGUCAGCAAGAUAUGUGUGACCUGGACCAGCUUCUUGUAUUUUCUGUUAGGCUCACUUCCCAUUUGGCUUUCCAGACAAGCUGUAAAUGAACUCAUGCCAGCAUGUUUCCAAAACUCCUUUCCACGAACAAGAGUGAUACUGCACUGUACUGAAAUCCAUAUACAGAGACCCUGUUCAAAAGUUCUUAUUCACAACAAAGGCAAGAGCACGUUUAAGGCCCUCGUUGGCAUCGCUCCAUCCGGUGAGGUGACAUUUGUUAGUGACCUGUAUACAGGUUCAGUAUCUGAGGAAGAGAUCAUUAGAGAGUCAGGAAUCCUAGACUUGCUUGAAGAAGGCGAUGAGGUUAUGGCAGAUGAAGGCUUUCUGAUCGAGGACAUCCUCACUGAAAAAAAAGUCUCCAUUGUGGUUCCACCCUCUUUAAAGCCAAGACCACAUGUUAGCCCAGAAGAGGCGAGACAUGCACAAACAAUAGCUAGACUUGGCAUUCUUGUUGAGCGGGCCAUCAGGAGGGUCAGAGAGUACCACAUAUUUGAUGGGAUUUUACCUGCAACACUGGUGGGCUCUGUUCAACAGCUGUGGACUGUGUGUGCCCUCCUGAGCAACUUUCAGUGCCCUGCAUUUGAAUAGUAAAGUAGUCAUGAAAUCAUCACCUUUAAUGUCCAGUUUGAUGUUCUAAAAUUGAGUGUAGUUUCAAAAAUGGAUAUCCAAUUAUGUACAUUUCAGUAAACCUUUUUUGUAUUUUUUUUUUUUUUAAUUUGUUUUUCCAUAUCAGUCCAAAGAAAUCCCACAAGUAGGCUAAUACAUAAACAUUUUUGGAUUUUGUGACAAAAAUUUUGGAUUCAUCAAGUACAUUGUGUGAAGCAUUACAUACACAGUUCACUCAGGGUUUUUCAGGAACAGCAUUUAUCUCUUUCUAUAUAUGAACUCUUCAUAUAUUGGCAUUUUUGUGAGUUUCCAAGUGGUCCUUAAUCUCUAGGGCCAUGUUGAAUAACUUCAAUGCUGUGGGAUCUUUUUGAAUUCAAAAAACAGUUUAAAUGUUUACAUAAACGUACAGAGCUGUUAUCAGUGUUAAGGCACAGUUAUUCUCUGUCAUUGAAACUGGCCACACGGUGAGUCUGCACCGAGGUGUGGAGUGUGGGGAUUAACACUUCAACUGCCACAGGGUCAAAUUGACCCUGUUCACUUUUUCCAAUAAUAUGAAGCGUGUGUAAUGUUUUGUUGUCCUUGUCCUAAUGCAUUUUAUGUGUUCUUAUGAAAUACCUGCUGCUAUUCAGUGCAUUCAGAAAGUAUUCGGCCCCCUUCACUUUUUCACUUGUGAAUACUUUCUGAAUAUACUGUAUAUAUGGAGUAUUGCUGUUUCUGUCUGAAUGCAUUUUGUGUGGUUUGUAGCGGUCAUGACACCUAGGGAAAAAUUAGCCAGGGUGGCUAUACAACAGAAAUGUGUAUUAAUCUGUAACUUAACUGUAUAGAUAAAUAAAAAUAAAUAAAUAAUUUUCUUGUAAGUCCGUA